ACGAACAGCUCAUAGCAAUUCAAAUGAUGACCUUGAGAGCAGGAUGAAUAUUUUCACUAUAGUAGCCUACAGCCUUAUCUUCCUGUUGGGGGUCACUGGGAAUGGGCUGGUCAUUUUCAUCACCGGCUUCCGUAUGAAGAGGACAGUCAACACUGUCUGGUUCCUCAACUUGACCAUUGCUGAUUUCACAUUCACCUUCUCCCUGCCCCUGAUAAUUACCAAUUUAGUCCUGGAAGAGUAGCCAUUUGGCCACCUGAUGUGCAAGAUCGGAAGCACCCUUAGCUACCUCAACCUUUAUGCCAGCAUUUACCUCCUCAUGGUCAUCAGCCUUGAUCGAUGCAUUUCUACAAGGUGGCCGGUAUGGGCUCAUAAUCACCGCACCCCUCAGUGAGCUUCCAUUGUAGCCUUCGGAGUUUGGAUCUUGGCUUUGGUGCUAUGUUCACCACGCUUCUAUUUCAGCAAAGAGAUUCCAUAUUCAGGUGACAAGAAGUGGUGUGACUUUGACUAUGGCAACACUCAGGAACAAAAAAAGUUCACCCACAAAGCAAUGACCAUCAGCCAAUUCAUCUUUGCCUUCGUCAUCCCCUUCCGUGUCAUUGUCAUUUGCUAUGGGGCAGUUGUUCUGAAACUGAGGAGGAACCAGUUGAGCCAAUCAAACAAGCCCAUCAAGGUCAUCACAGCAGUGACUGCGGCCUUUUUUGCCUGCUGGCUACCCUCUCAUAUCCUCUCUUUCUACAAGAAAGAACCAGGAAGCCUGGAAUCGCAGUCAGAGCUUUUUAUUAUUGGUGAACGUUUGGCAUACUGCUUGGCUUUCAUCAACAGCUGCCUCAACCCCAUCUUGUUUGCCUUCAUGGGUUAUGAUUUCAGGCAGAAGCUGAGGCACUCACUCUUCUCUGCAUUUGAAAAUGCCUUUGCUGAGGACAGUGCCCAGAACACAGGAAGCUCCAAUAUCAAAUCAUCAGCUUCACUGGAGCUCCAGUAAAUAAAUACAGUGGUACCUCGGGUUACAGGUGCUUCAGGUUACA